UGAUCGUCCAGUUUUCAACACCAAAUGCACGCUCCCGUCUUUUGUGUUGAUGCGUUGGCGCCCGCCUUUUUUCCGUUUUGUGCAUUCCAGUAGACAGGGUAUGAGAGUGUGCGCUGUCGGUGGAUGGACGCCGCAGACGAUGAAGGAGGAGAGACACUGUGCGAUGGACGGCAGAGGCACCGCAUUCUCAUGGUGUCCGACUUCUUCUACCCCAACUUUGGCGGCGUUGAGAACCACAUCUACUAUCUCAGCCAGUGCCUGCUGCAGAGGGGCCACAAGGUGGUGGUGCUCACCCACGCAUACGGCAACCGCAGCGGCGUGCGCUGGAUGACCAACGGGCUCAAGGUGUACUACAUCCCGCGGCUGCCGUUCUACUGCCAGAGCACGUUCCCCACCAUCUACAGCACACUGCCCAUCGUGCGCGUCAUCCUGAUCAGGGAGAGGAUCUCCGUCAUUCACGGCCACCAGGCGUUUUCGUGCCUCGCCCACGAGGCGAUGCUGCACGGGCGCACGCUGGGCUACAAGGUGGCGUUCACGGACCACAGCCUGUUUGGCUUUGCGGACGGCGCCAGCAUCCACAUGAACAAGGUCCUCAAGUUCGUGCUCGCCGACGUGCACCACGCCAUCUGCGUCUCGCACACCAGCAAGGAAAACACAGCCCUCCGAUCCGGUCUGCCCCCUCAUCGGAUCUCCGUCAUCCCAAAUGCAGUGGACACUGCCGUGUUCCGGCCUGAUGUCAGCAAACGUCAGCCCGGCCGAGUGACGAUCAUUGUGCUCAGCCGGCUGGUUUAUCGGAAAGGGAUCGACCUUCUCGUCGAAGUCAUCCCGGCCAUCUGCAAAAGGCACCCCGAGGUCCACUUUGUGAUCGGCGGCGACGGCCCGAAGCGCGUGUCGCUGGAGGAGAUGCGCGAGCGGUGCGGGCUGCAGGAGCGCGUCGAGAUGCUGGGGGAGGUGCCGCACGCGGACGCGCGCGCCGUGCUGACACGUGGCCACAUCUUCCUCAACAGCUCGCUCACGGAGGCCUUCUGCAUCGCCAUCCUGGAGGCCGCUAGCUGCGGCCUGCUCACAGUCAGCACGCGCGUAGGGGGAGUGCCCGAGGUGUUGCCCCCCGACAUGAUCGUCCUGGCGGAGCCUCGGGCGUCCGAAUUGGUCGAAGCCGUCAGCUGUGCCAUCACUCUUCUUCCAACCAUUGACCCUGCAGCGAUGCACAAGCGAGUGCGCGAGAUGUACAGCUGGCACGACGUGGCUGCGCGCACGGAGCGCGUGUACAGCCUGAUCGUGGGGGCGGACCCAGGCGGGGACCUGCUGCUGAACCGGCUGGCGCGCUACUACGCGUGCGGGCCGUGGGCCGGGAAGCUCUUCUGCGCGGUCGCGCUGCUGGACUACGUGCUCUGCAAGCUCCUCGACUGGUGGGCGCCGGCUGAGAGCAUCGACCUGGCCCCGGACUUUCCAGUCGACGCCUACUUGAAGCACCAGAAGGGGAAGGGGUAGUCUCCUCGUGCGAAGCCAGCACGUGCUCCCGCAUUUUCUGGGCCCAAACUCCAUCCCCUAUCCACCCAAUGGCUGAGAGCUUCGAUUGCUUCCAGGAUACAGCGCUGAAGGCGCCGGAGGCACCGAGACGGCAAGGCGGGAAAGCAUAACGUUUCGACUUCAUACGCCAUGCGCAAAGCAAGACCAUUGCCGGCACAGGCCUUUCAUCGCUGGCGAGAGGAAAGUGUAAGCUAAUUGCUUAUUGCCUUUCAUGACAGGGGUGACGUAUAAACCAACCCGUCUGCCAAGCAUGUUGAGUAUUAGGCAGGAUAGGCUGUUUGGCCCGUUCAUCAAGCCCGUCAUGCUGACUCACUGGGACUUGUCGGAAGCAGUUGUGCCGCACUUCCGACGCACAGUGACUUGGCCAGCAUGCGAGUAAAUGUUAGUACGUAUGCCGAAUGACCUUUGGCCGCACUCUCUGUCUCUACGACUUACAAUCAAAUUAAGCAUGAG